AGGCUUUCUGUCCCUGAGUCAUGGCAGACAGAAGACCAGAGAAGUCAUGUGAACAAGCACGUGAAUCUCUGAAGCAGCAGGACUAUGAAGUGGCAGUGAAGCAUUGCACAGAGGCUCUCCUCUCCCUCAGCCAGUAUCCCCCAGCUCAGCUCCCGGAGGCAUGCCAGGCAGAGAUCGACCGCAUCAAAAUCGAGACGCUUCUCUAUAGAAUCGCUUCCUUUUUACAACUUAAAAAAUAUGGGCAAGCAGAUGAAGACUGUAGGCAUGUGCUGGGAGAGGGGCUGGCCAAGGGAGAUGGAUCUUUCCGUGCAGUGCUCUGCUGCAUGCAUCUUAAAGGGAAGCUGCAGAUUGUGUCUAAUGUUCUUUCCAAAUCACUGAUGGGUGAAUCACUGAACGGGAUGGUAACUAAAGAUCUGACACGACUGAAAACACUUCUUGCUGAAACAGAGGCAGCUGGUAAAGUACCGUCAGGAUAUCACGUGGAAGAUUUAGAAGAAGGGUCAGGGGAUGGCUGGCAGUUCCGCCCUCCACCCAGGGGAGUCACAAGCAGUGAAGAAUACACACUAUGUAAAAGAUUUUUAGAGCAAGGGAUCUGCAGGUACGGUGCACAGUGUACUUCAGCACAUUCCCAGGAAGAGCUAACAGAAUGGCAAAAACGAUAUGCUUCCCGCUUGAUCAGAUUAAAACAGCAGAAGGAAAACAAACAAUGUUCGGGCAGUUAUAUGGAAACCUUGAUUGAGAAAUGGAUGAAUUCGUUAUCUCCUGAGAAAGUGCUUAGUGAAUGUGUAGAAGGAGUGAGAGUAGAACAUAAUCCUGAGCUAUCGGUAACUGUCACCACCAAAAAGUCUCAUCAGACAUGGACAUUUGCUCUCACUUGUAAGCCUGCAAGAAUGCUGUAUCGAGUGGCAUUGCUUUAUGAUGCCCAUCGUCCACAUUUUAGUAUCGUUGCAAUAUCUGCUGGAGACAGCACUACCCAGGUAUCACAAGAAGUUCCAGAAAAUUGUCAGGAAUGGAUAGGAGGAAACAUGGUCCAGAACGGAAUAGAUCAUUAUAUAUACAAAGUCAGUAUAGCCUUUAACACGGAAAUCUUUGGAACUUUUCGCCAAACUGUUGUGUUUGACUUUGGAUUAGAACCAGUCCUCAUGCAACGAGUAAUGAUUGAUGCUGCUUCAACUGAAGAUCUUGAAUACCUGAUGCAUGCACGGCAACAGCUACUAACCACAGCUAAGCGUUGGGAUUCUACUUCUAAGACUAUUGUAGAAUUUGAGCCUAAUGAAACUACUGAGUUGGAGAAGAGCCUUCUUACCAGAUACCAAAUCCCUCUGUCUGCUGACCAGCUAUUUACACAAUCUGUCCUGGACAAAUCAUUGACCAAGACCAACUAUCAGUCACGGCUACAUGACCUCCUUUAUAUUGAGGAAAUAGCACAGUAUAAGGAAGUUAGCAAGUUCAACAUAAAAGUGCAAUUGCAGAUUGUAGCAAGCUUCAUGCUCACCGGAGUUUCUGGUGGUGCAAAGUAUGCCCAAAAUGGGCAACUUUUUGGCCGCUUUAAGCUCACUGAAACGCUUUCGGAAGACACUUUGGCUGGACGGCUGGUGAUGACCAAAGUCAAUGCUGUUUAUUUAUUGCCUGUCACUAAAGAGAAGUCGGCACAGACCCAAGGAACCAAAGAGAAGGUUUAUGAAGCAGCUAUUGAGGAGAAAACAAAGGAUUAUAUCUUCUUGAGGGUAUCCAGGGAAUGCUGCGAAGAACUUAAUCUUCGAGCAGAUUGUGAAAUGCAGGUUGAACUUCAGUUUCAGUUAAAUCGCUUACCCCUCUGUGAAAUGCAUUAUGCCUUGGACAGGAUUAAGGACAACAGUAUUUUGUUUCCAGAUGUCAGCAUGACUCCCACCAUACCCUGGAGUCCCAACAGACAAUGGGAUGAGCAGUUGGACCCUCGACUAAAUGCGAAGCAGAAAGAGGCUGUUCUGGCUAUCACUACUCCACUUUCAAUACAACUGCCUCCUGUUCUUAUCAUCGGUCCCUAUGGGACAGGAAAAACCUUCACUCUGGCUCAGGCAGUCAAGCACAUACUCCAACAACAGGAUACUAGCAGGAUUCUCAUUUGCACCCAUUCUAAUAGUGCUGCUGAUCUCUACAUAAAGGAUUAUUUACAUCCAUAUGUAGAAGCAGGCAAUCCCCAGGCAAGACCUCUCAGGGUAUAUUUCAGAAAUCGCUGGGUAAAGACUGUCCACCCAGUUGUGCAUCAGUACUGUUUGAUUUCAAGCACACAUUCCACCUUUCAGAUGCCACAGAAAGAAGACAUUCUUAAGCAACGCGUUGUAGUUGUUACUUUAAAUACAUCACAGUAUCUAUGUCAACUGGAUCUCGAACCAGGGUUUUUUACACACAUUCUGUUAGACGAAGCUGCGCAAGCUAUGGAGUGUGAAACUAUCAUGCCUCUAGCGUUGGCUAAUAAAAACACAAGAAUUGUCUUGGCUGGAGACCAUAUGCAGCUCAGUCCUUUUGUCUACAGUGAAUUUGCCAGGGAAAGAAACCUUCAUGUUUCAUUGCUUGAUCGGCUCUAUGAGCACUACCCUGCAGAAUUUCCAUGCAGGAUCUUGCUGUGUGAGAACUAUCGCUCCCAUGAAGCUAUCAUCAAUUACACAUCUGAACUUUUCUAUGAAGGCAAAUUGAUGGCAAGUGGAAAGCAGCCAGCACACAAAGAUUUCUACCCUUUGACUUUCUUCACAGCACGUGGGGAAGAUGUGCAAGAAAAAAAUAGUACAGCUUUUUACAAUAAUGCAGAGGUAUUUGAAGUAGUAGAGCGCGUUGAAGAAUUAAGAAGAAAAUGGCCUGUUGCCUGGGGCAAAUUGGAUGACGGCAGUAUAGGUGUCGUAACUCCUUACGCUGAUCAAGUGUUCAGAAUUCGGGCUGAACUCCGCAAAAAAAGACUGUCUGAUGUCAGCGUAGAGAGAGUGCUGAAUGUUCAGGGAAAACAGUUUAGAGUUUUGUUUCUCAGCACAGUACGAACACGGCAUACGUGCAAACAUAAGCAAACACCAAUUAAAAGGAAGGAGCAGUUACUGGAGGAUUCAACAGAAGACUUGGAUUAUGGUUUUCUGUCUAAUUACAAACUUCUCAACACUGCCAUUACCAGAGCACAAUCCUUGGUAGCUGUGGUGGGAGAUCCUAUUGCUCUAUGUUCCAUUGGAAGAUGCAGGAAAUUUUGGGAAAGGUUUAUUGCCCUCUGUCAUGAGAAUGAAAGUCUCCAUGGUAUCACGUUUGAACAGAUCAAAGCUCAGCUGGAAGCUUUGGAGUUAAAGAAAACUUACGUAUUGAACCCACUGGCUCCUGAGUUUAUCCCUCGAGCUCUUCGGCAUCAGCAUUCAGUGAAUACCACCAAACAGCAGCAGUCGCCACCAAAGGGCAAGGUCCAUCAUCAUAACCAGAAUGACCAUUUCCCACCCGAUGGAAUUGUUCAGCCCAACCCUUCUGUUCUAAUUGGAAAUCCUAUCCGAGCAUAUACUCCUCCUCCUCCUCCUCCUCUGGGACCUCACCCCAAUCUGGGGAAAUCUCCAAGUCCUGUUCAAAGGAUAGAUCCACACACUGGGACAAGUAUUCUAUACGUACCUGCCGUCUAUGGAGGAAACAUGGUCAUGUCUGUGCCUUUGCCUGUACCAUGGACAGGGUAUCAGGGUAGGUUUGCAGUUGACCCUCGAAUCAUUACUCACCAAGCAGCUAUGGCAUAUAAUAUGAACCUGUUACAGGCACAUGGGCGUGGGUCUCCUAUCCCUUACGGCCUGGGACAUCAUUCCCCGGUUAGCAUAGGACAACAGCAGCAGCUUCAGCAUCAAGACAAGGAGCAACAUGAACAAAGUCGAAACGGUUAG